UACUAUACUGAGUACUAUGUACUGCUCGUACUUACUGGCAUUUACGCGUAGGGUAUAUACAGAAGUUAAAUAUAUGAGUACAACACAAUACAACAUCUAAAAUAAUUGGAGUUUAAAUAAAAUAUACAGAUAUGUACUGUUUCAUAUAUUUGUCAAACCUUGAGGAAUGAUAUUACAUAAUAAUAAAUAAAAUACUUAUUAAAGGUAUUACUGGUGUCACGUAAUAACAACAAGUAUUUAUAGUACGAUAGUUAUUAAUACAAUGGAAAUAAUUUUGAAAAUAUCAAUGGAGUCUGGUUUGUUAAUUAAUUGAUUUUAAAAUAAAACUGCUACUAAUAUGGUGAUGGCUGAGAGUGAACGGAAAUCGCGGCUAGAGUCAAAUACAACAUCAACGAGCCGACUGCAAUGGCUUCGUCAACGUCGCGAGGCACUGGAAGAAAAGUUGUUACGAAAAAACAAUGAAUUGAAAAAUUUGUGUAUAGACGAAGCUGAACUGACGGGUAUUUUGCCACCAGAAAUACCACUUGACCCUGGAGAAAGUCCUCCACUUUUUCGCAGACGAGUUGGGACUUCGUUCGCGUAUCCCCAAAAUCUUAUCAAUAAACUCAAGAGCAGCGAAGCUGAAGAGUCAUCGUUGGAGUUGGAACGUCAAGUACAAACUAGUAUUGCUAAGGCCGCAUUUGCUAUCUUCAAUGAUUCAUCAGAGGGGAAAGCGGUUCGCAGAAAGCAUCGGCUGGUUUAUCAGCAGAGUCAGAGACGUCUCAAAGAGUUGGAGACACGAUUGAAUUUUAUCCGUCAAGGCUAUGGACGACUGCCCAGACGACCCAAUAUUGCAGAGUCAACACCUUGGCAGUCUAAUAUUUUUUCAGACGACACUGCUCUGCCGUCCAGCUCAGCUUAUGCUAAACACAAGUCGAAAAAACCUCGGCCGCCUCUCAAUGCAGCUCCAGAUAAAAUAUUAAAUCCGCAAGCAAAUUAUGAUAAGACAAUAUCCAAAGUAAAUAGUCCCGAUGAAUCUUCAGUGUGUCAUGAGCAGAAUCACAUUAAAAAUAAUGAUAAGAGUGAAUGGAUGUCGGCGAAUGAAGGAUCAGUAUUAGGUGGAGGUGGUGGCAGUAGUAAGAGCUCGAGAAGUGAUGGAAUUUCUUACGAAUUUAAUGACAAUUCUGAUAUUUAUAUCCUGGGAAACCAGCAGCAUCGUGCGUCAACUUAUUCUCAUGACGCUGAUGACGGGAGUUUGCAUCAUAAACAUCCUCAAAUACCCGAUCGGACUUAUCGGAUCAUUUCUAAUAAAGAUGACAAUACUCAGCCGAAUAUUUGGCCGCGCGAACAAAAAAGACAGUGUGAAAUUCCCCACCACAAUCGACAGCAGCUAGCAAAUACUUACAAACAGCCAUCACCUAGAUAUCAUCAUUACUAUCAUCAGAGUCAAUUGUCACCAAGUAUCAGUGAAAUUUUACCCUCAUCACAGUCAGUUGGCGCAAACAUUGAAACGACUGGUAAAUUUGAACCGACAACAAAUCAAUAUCGUUCUCGGUUACCGUACUAUCCAUCAGAUCCAUUCGUUCAUGUUUCGUCGAACCUAAAUGACAAUUUUGACGAAAUACCACCUUCACUCCAUGAACGUAAUUCGAUUCAAGAUAAAAUGUACAAACGAAACAAUCAUCAGAGUAUGCCGCCGAUAUCACGUCGUCAAGAAUUUGGAAAUUCAACUGACAACUGGGUCAUCAAUGGCGACGAAAUACUGUGGCCAUGUCCAGACUAUCAGCAGCAGCAGCAACAUCAACUUCAGCACGACAGAUUUGGCAGCAUCGACCGUCGGAAAUACGCAGCAAAUAAUAUUCACAAUUAUCAAACAAAUUCAAAUACUCCAGAUCCUCUGAUGGCAACACUUGGGCCAACUUCCGGUGGAAUAAAACCGACUCAGCAAAAAUAUAUGAAACAAAAUAAUAUAGGUACAUUUACGGAUAAUCAAAAUAAUCAAUCUAAAUAUAUAAAUAGCAAACAGUCACAAGUACCGCGACCUGAACGACUCAAUUUAUCGCAGUCAACGCGUACGUUACUGCGUACGCAAUCACUUGGUAGUGUAGAGACCUGGCAUCCAGAAGAUACCAAAUGUAUAACUCCAGUCGUUGAAACAACAGCAGCUAUAACAUUGCCAUCGCCGACGGCCGGAUCCGUCUAUCGUGGUCACGGUAUAGUUGAAAACAGUCCAGAGACUCGUACCUCAUACCGCGAUAACGAAAAGGAAUGGUACGAAACUUCAAUAGACUUGGAUUACUCGAAACCUCCCGCGACGCUGUCGCAGACCCUAAAGAACCUUGAGAUUCCCGCGGAAUCAAACACCCGUUUGUCCAGCAACAAAUCAAUAAACGGCGACGUUACUGUGGCAUUCGAACCGUCGAACUUCGCGUCGCCAGACAACAAACUGACCGCCGACGGUCGGACGAUUAUUCACGCCGGGAAGUAUCAGCCGUACAAAGAAGUUACGAAGCCAUUUGAAAUGUCCGAUUUCUAUAAAUACUCGACCAAGUUCAGAAAAAAAAUGGAACCCGGCCCAAGUCCUGGGACAAACGUCCACCCGAAAAAUCUAAAUAACAAUAAUAGUAGUAGCAAUAAUAAUAUCAAUAAUAUCGACAAUAAUAUUGAUAUUACUAUUGAUAACAAUAAUAUGACAUUCCAUACUCGUCAGCGAAUUUCUACUCCUCACGUGCCUACCGUGCAAUCGAGAAUUUGUAAUCCAGCUCAAGCAAUUUUACCCUGUCAGUCACACAUUGCCCGAAGAGGCAAUGAGAGUGACAAUAAAGACUGCAACAACGGCAACAUACAACCAUCUCAACAACCGUCAUCAAAAGACUCUACUGUUGUAUAGUCAUUUAUACAUUGCACAUUGCAUAUAUAUAGACGUUAAAUUAUACAUAUAUUAUUUCUUUUGAUUAUAAUUUUUAUCGAGUGAUUAACAGCCCCAGUGGUGAUGAACAAAAUUUUUUUAUACGAAAGUACCGAUUACUUUUCUAAAAUAAUUAUAAAUAUAUUAUUUAAUUAAAUGA